AUGCCAAAAAGCACGGCCGGCUCGAACCAAGGCGACUCACACGAUACGUGCGUAAUAUGUCUCUCUUCGGUCACAGAGAGGGCCAUCACGUCCCCAUGCAACCACUACACAUUUGACUUUGUAUGCCUCGUGUCCUGGUUGAAGCAGCGGUCGACUUGCCCGCUAU